GGAACACAGCAGACCGGAGAGGACAGAGACACAGUACAGGUGUUUAUGGGAGAGGAGAGGGGACACUGACGGGCAACGUUUCGCUUUUGCUUCUCGGACAUUGAAACGACUUUGACCGCGUGUUGCAACCAUGCGGUCUAUGGAGGAGGACCCAGACACACUGCACAAUGUUUAAUGAGGACCCAAGGAUGAACUCUUUGCCUCUUCUUGUUUAUUUCAUACUACUUCUUGAUUCUGUGUUCACUCUCCUCCCUGCUCCGGUCAAUGUUAGAGUCAGCUCUAUCAACUUCCAGCAUGUCCUGCAGUGGGAUCCUGGGCCUGGCACCCCACCAGGAACACAGUAUAGGAUCAUCAAAAGGGUAAACAAGAAAGCAAAGCCAACCUUCUCAAACGGAACAUCACUGAAGCUGAAGCUUCCACGAUACAACGUGAGGUACGAGCUGACUGUGGAGGCAUCCUACAACCAGACCCUGUCUCCACCGUCCAGGAAAUACUUCUUCACCCCUUUCACAGACACCACAAUAGGUCCUCCAAAGGUCUCACUGGCUGGUUGUGGAAACUGCAUCAAAAUCAACAUUUCCCUCCCUGAACCUGACAGGAGCUCAGGAAUCGAUGAUAUCCAGAAGUUAUAUGCUGCUAUGUUCAAAGUCCUUUGGAGGAAAGACCAAGAAUCUAAAGUGGACUCUGAACAAACAUCAAACAGGAGCUUUACUGUGAACAACCUCCAGACUGGUACGAGAUACUGUGUACAGGUGCACACAGUGAUUAUUGUAAACAAAAACACUGAGCCAUCCGCAUGGGACUGCGUCUUCACGAGCAUCUUGGAACCAAGCAUAGACCAUGCUGUUCCCGGUGCUCUUGCUGCUGCUCUGAUUCUGGCUAUUGGUGUCCUGACGAUCUUCAUGUUUUGCCUCCACUACACUGGAAUUCUUUGUAAACUGAAGGCAUCUGUGCCCAGAGGACUAAUUGAGGCUGUGAACCAAGGCUACACCCUGACACCAGAGACGACAAUCUGUGAUAAGAUCUCAAUUAGCACAGAGGUGGCUCAACAGAGGAAGAACAACAAUCCCCCCACUUCUCAACCUGCCACCAGGGGCACUAACUCUGAUGAGGAGGAGGAGGAGGAGGAGGAAGAGGAAGGGAGAAACGUAUACAUAGACAGAGACGCAGAGCUCUCCUCAGCUGAAAGUUCCUGCCAGGGCUCUGUUGAUAAGUCGGGGAACAGCAAGGUGGCUGCAUCAGAGGGCUCUGGGUGUGUGAAGGUGGAGACGGAGCUACCAGACACACAGUUUGAGGAUGACGUCCCAUUUGAUGGGUUUGAUCAGGAUGAGGCCAAAGCUGAAGAAGCAGAGAUUUCUCUAAUGCCUGAGGGACCAGUCACAUGUACGGUGGAGGAGGAUCAGGAGGAGGUGUGUGAGAGAUCAGGGAAUAUCAAUCUGUUCUCAGUCACCAUUUCUGCACUCGCUGUAUGUGAGGAAGAGGAGGAGGAGGAGGAGGAGCAGAAUACAGGAGAUUCUCUUACAGACUUUUUAAAACGGUCUGAUCUGGAGCCUCUACUGCCAAAAGGCUCAAUGCCGACUUUGAGCAUCACAGACUCACAAACUGAGUCAGAUGAUCAGACACCUCCCGUAUUAAUGCUACCUACACAAGAAGGUUUGACUGUGAAUCUGUAUGAAGCUGGCUGUCACAAAACAUGUGAUGGUGAGACACAGUAUGAAGACAUGGCGGAGGAGGAGGAAGAAGAGGAGGAGGAAUUAUCUGGAUAUAUGGCACAUAGGUGAUAGUUUGUUCUGACCUGUGUUCAUAUAUACUUUAAUUCAUUAAUUCCUUCCAAGGAAGACCGAUCCUUUUUAUUUGAGGGAAAAAUGUAUAUGCAGUUUUAGCGGCCUGUUUUUCUAUUCUUUAUGAAAUGCAACAACACAUGACUACAUUUCUCAUGUAGUUCCAACAUCACAGUAGCCACUAGGGUUGAGUGAGUAAACUUGUCACUAUCCACACUAGUGAUGUGUCCUCAUUGGGUAGCUGUGUUCUGUAAAUAGUUUUCUUAUUCUUGUGAUCAAAAACUGUCUGAAGCUCAACUCUGAGCCUGUUUUGUAAAUAGUUUUCAAAUGCAUCAUAUCUAUGACAACUUCUGGUCAACCCAUGUUAUAUUCAGGCUUAAAAUAUCAUCUUCCAGUUAUUUUUCCACUCUUUUCCAGUCUGAGUGAAGCCCACUUCUGCUUUAAUCCCCUACCAUUCUUAUACAUGUGGCAUCAGAGUGGUGGGCACAGACACCAGCCAUUCCAUGUUG